UGUGCACCAUGAAGGUUGGAUUCGCUUUACCAUCACUCUCUAUUCUGGCCUUGUUAACCUUUACCUUGGCCCAAGAAGAUUGCCUCAAGUUGCAUAAUGUCACCAGAUCGCAGGUAGGCGCUGUGCCCCUCCACAAACCCGUCGAAGAUGUUCCCAUGAAUAUCAAAUGCUAUAGUCGCUGUAUAAUCCAUGAUUAUUUUGGCAGUGAUGGCAAAAUCGAUUUGAAACUUGUAGGAAAGAAAGCCAAUGCUCAAGAGCAACGAAUUUUGGGCGAGUGUAAGAAGCAGAAUGAUGACAUCACUGAUCUAGACAAUUGUGAUUAUGCCUAUGUAAUGUUACGCUGCUUGUUUAUUGCAAAAGAGAACGAGUCAUGAGAGCUAUUAAUUAAAUAAAUACA